UGCACGGGUCAGUUCAGCCAUAGGUGUCAACUCUGUGGUAAAGGAUUUGCUUUAGAGUCUGUAUACCGACGACAUUUAGCUGAGCAUGAGGGAUGUUUUGCUCAUCACUGUUCUAUUUGCGGGCGAGGUUUCAGCAAAGCCUCCGGGUUACAAUCACAUUUACUCACACACAAUAGCCAACGCCCAACAUAUUCGUGUCAGAUUUGUGGACAAACUCUGUCCACAGCUUCAAGCUAUAACUCACACAUGACUAAUCAUUCAGGUGAGGGAGGAGCUGUUUGUCCAGUAUGUGGGAAAACACUUGCUAGGCGAUCAGACCUUCAAGAUCAUCUUCAUCGUCAUGCGGGAACAAAAUCUCAUACCUGUGGUGUAUGUAAUGCCUCAUUUUAUUACCGAUCCAAUCUCAACCACCAUGUGCGAACAACUCACCGCCUCUUACGCCCUCAUUCAUGUACAUAUUGUGACAGAUCAUUCUCAUCAAGUUAUAACUACAAAUUACAUCUUCGUACUCACACAGGUGAGAGACCCCACCAAUGUAAGUCAUGUGGCAAAGCAUUUACUACCAAGGCUAAUUAUAAUCGUCACCUAAAAUGCCAUGUGACACAAGUAAUGGUUCCCUUAAAUGCUGAUACUGAGUGAUAUUCAGUGUAACAUUUUUAAGCAUGGAUUAAGACAAGGUGCAAUUAUACAGCAAAGUUGCUGGAAAAAAAAUACUGUACUGUUAUUUCUGAUAUCAAUAUAUAUAUAUAUAUAUUUUUCAAGUUCAUGUUGAUAAUGUUAUUUCUCUAUAUAUUAUUUUUAUAUUUCUCUGUUGAUUUUUAAUUGGCUUGUAACUGAAUACAAUUUUAAGAAGCCAUGUUUUAAAUACUCUUGUAAGCUGUAUCAUAUAUGGUUUUAUUUUUAUUUGUGUGGGUAGUUGUCAUUUUGUGUAGAACAUGAUCUCAUAUUUAUAUUGCCUUCCAUACUAGCUAAUGUUGGAUUAUAAAAGGAUAAUGAUGAGGUCUCCUUGAUUUGAGUAGAGUUUAGGCUAUUGGGAAAAAUGUCUUACGGGACAGAUCAUGAAACAAGUUGUGUGUGUUGUAAGAGACGCAAGAAUAUAUUUUACCGGUUAAAUGUUUUAGAAUUAUUUACAUGUGAACACUAAUGGUCCUCGUAUGUGAACACUAAUGGUCUUCAUAUGUGAACAGUAAUGGUCUUCAUAUGUGGACACUAAUGGUCUUCAUAUGUGAACACUAAUGGUCUUCACAUGUGGACACUAAUGGUCUUCAUAUGUGAACACUAAUGGUCUUCACAUGUGGACACUAAUGGUCUUCAUAUGUGAACACUAAUGGUCUUCACAUGUGGACACUAAUGGUCUUCAUAUGUGAACACUAAUGGUCUUCAUAUGUGAACAGUAAUGGUCUUCAUAUGUGGACACUAAUGGUCUUCAUAUGUGAACACUAAUGGUCUUCACAUGUGGACACUAAUGGUCUUCAUAUGUGAACACUAAUGGUCUUCACAUGUGGACACUAAUGGUCUUCAUAUGUGGACACUAAUGGUCUUCAUAUGUGGACACUAAUGGUCUUCAUAUGUGGACACUAAUGGUCUUCAUAUGUGGACACUAAUGGUCUUCAUAUGUGGACACUAAUGGUCUUCAUAUGUGGACACUAAUGGUCUUCAUAUGUAAACACUAAUGGUCUUCAUAUGUGAACACUAAUGGUCUUCAUAUGUGAACACUAAUGGUCUUCAUAUGUGAACACUAAUGGUCUUUAUAUGUGUAUAUUAUCUUAAAAAAUGUAUACUAAUGAUGUUUAUACACUGCAGUAUAUGUACAUUAUUGGUCUUAUGAUAUUGAGGAGGUAUUGUGAUGAUAAUAUCCGCAUCUCCAGAAAAAUCUGUGAUAUUAUGUCAUUACCACUAUUGAAGGUUUUAUUAUAAUAAAGUCUUUAAAUUACUGGUGUAAUUAUGUACUAUAAGAUAAUGCUUAUGUAUGAGGUAUGGUCCAAUAUACAAAAUUAAAAAAAAAAGUCAUGAAUAAUUACAGUACAGCACUCUCUAUAGCCACGAGCAAGGGGCAACUAUCAUUUCUUACUUUUGGAGAAAUUAAUAUGUCAAGCUGUGAAAUGAACUAGAAAUGGUACAGGACCGUGGUAACCUUAAAAUAAUGUUGUCAUGAACCAUCUUAAAUUCUAGUGUGUACAACAUAUUUUCUGGGAGGGGCUCCUCAGCAGCUACCCAGUGCUACAGCUGAGAGCAUCUAAGCCAUGAGGAAUACACCAGAUAUCUAUGACCUAAGAAUGUCUACUCAAGACCAGGACCAGAAUUUGCCCCUCCCCCCUUAAAGAGAUGAAGGGGGAGGUUGGGGUCAGAGAUCAUCACCAUACUGUACCAAGAAAUUCCUUCCAGAAAGCAAAUUAGCUCGCAGCUGUUAUGACUUUUGGCAUGGAGGUUGUUGACUGUUGGUCGGUUAAGCUGCAUGCCCCAUGCUAUACAGGCUCUUGUUCUUUGCUCUCCAGGGUAGGUGCCUUGAGUUUUGUAAAAGAUCAAUCCUGUAUAACUAACCUGCUCACAUUUCUGGAAGCAGUAACCAACUACAGUAGACAAAGGACUCUUGGUACAUGUAGUGUACAUGAAGUUCUCUAAAACGUUUGAUAAGAUGCCACACAUAACAUUUGUACAGAACUUUAACCUCGUAGAAUAAAUGACAAAAUACUAGAAUGCAAUAGUUAAAACAAAAGGAGACACUGCGAGGCGAGCCAAUGUAGUCAGUUAAAGAUUGAAGCCGAAGGUGUCAAGUAGAAGGAAGAGUGCAGAGGCAUACCUCAUGAAUUUUGCACCAGGGAUGGAUCCUCCACCUCCUCCACACAAUAAAUCUAAUGUAACAUUUAAACAUCCAUUGAGACCCUUCAUAAAUAGAUAUAUAAUUUAAAUGCAUUCCUUUAGCCCCAUCUUCCUCAUGAAUAAUUUUAAAAUUUAAAUAAAGUUCCUUUGGUUCCCCCCCCCCUUCACCCCAAA